AUGGCAAAAGCACAAGCUCUGAGCGCUCACGUGCUUUCGAAGGGUUGGACCUUCAAGCAGGCUGAUGAUACUGCUGAUGGUGCUUGGAUGUCGGUCAACAAGGUUCCGACAAAUGUUCACCUGGACUUGAUGGACCACGGCAAAAUUCCGGAUCCUUUCCUGGGCUUCAAUGAGCUUGACGCAGAGUGGGUGGCAGACAAGGUAUGGACAUAUAAGGUUGAGCUGCCCAAGGUACAGGAAGCAAAAGAAGGUAUUACACAUGUGCUUGCCUUCGACGGUCUGGACACAUUCGCUACAGUCAAGCUCAAUGGAGAGACUAUCCUCGAGAGCGACAACAUGUUCGUCCCGCAUCGCCUCGAUGUGACUAAGAAGCUCAAUUCUGAGAGCACGAACACUUUGGAGAUCGACUUUGCAUCUGCCCGUCUGGAGGCCAUCAAGAUCAAGGAAAAGUACCCAGACCACAGAUGGGUUGGAUUCAAUGGCGAUAUGGCAAGGCUUGCAGUGAGGAAAGCUCAGUACCAUUGGGGCUGGGAUUGGGGCCCAAUUCUGAACACGUGCGGUCCCUGGCGUGAAGUGCGACUGGAAACCUACCAGGCAAGGGCCAAGGAUCUGAGAGUCGACUACAAACUCGAUGAUAGCCUAAAAUCAGUCCGGGGAACGAUUUCUGCUACUGUGGAAGGACCGUCUGCAGACAGCGUUAGCUUUGAUGUAUUCGAUGGAGAUCAACGAGUCUUUAGGGAGACUGCAAAGAUUAGCGAGGGUGUGGCCAAAGUGGAUUUCCAUGUCAGCAGCCCGAAGUUGUGGUACCCCCAUGGUUAUGGCGAGCAGCCUUUGUAUACCGUUACUGCAACGGUUCUCACGAAUGGAGCAGAGACACAUCAAACGUCACGUCGAACAGGUUUUCGGAAAGGCGAACUCAUACAGGAGCCAGAUACUAUUGGAAACAGCUUCUACUUCCGGGUCAACGGCGUUGAUGUCUUUUGUGGUGGCUCGGACUGGAUUCCUGCCGACUCUUUUACUCCACGUGUGACCGAAGAAAAAUAUCGUAAAUGGCUCGAGAUGAUGGUUGAUGGUUAUCAGAUAAUGAUCAGAAUCUGGGGUGGCGGCAUCUGGGAAGAAGACAUCUUCUAUGACAUCUGCGAUGAACUCGGUGUCCUGGUGUGGCAAGAUUUCAUGUUUGGCUGCGGCAAUUAUCCCGCCUUUCCGGACAUCCUGCGAUCAAUCAAGGAAGAGUGCACCGCAAACGUCACCAGACUGCGACAUCACCCUUCCAUCAUCAUCUAUGCCGGAAAUAACGAGGACUACCAGGUGCAGGAGUCGUAUGGCUUGACAUACGAUUACGAGGACAAGAAUCCAGAGAACUGGCUCAAGACUGACUUUCCGGCUCGAUACAUAUACGAAAAGCUACUGCCUGACGUUGUUGCGGCGGAAAGUCCACAUGUUCCAUACCAUCCAGGAUCACCAUGGGGUGACGGCCUUAAGACGUCAAACCCCACAGUGGGUGACAUGCAUCAAUGGAACGUAUGGCAUGGCACACAGGAAAAAUACCAGAUUUUCGAUACGCUAGGCGGCCGCUUCAACAGCGAAUUCGGCAUGGAAGCAUUCCCACAUAUCGACACGAUCAAGUACUACUGCACUGAUCCUUCUCAGUUGUACCCGCAAAGCCACAUGCUUGAUUUCCAUAAUAAAGCGGACGGACAUGAGCGGAGGAUAGCCACGUAUUUGGUGGAGAACUUCCGCACCAAGACUGAUCUAGAGUCGUUCAUCCACCUAACACAGCUAUCUCAAGCCGAAGCACUAAUGUUCGGCUACAGGGGGUGGAGACGACAGUGGGGUCAAAACAGGCAUUGUGGUGGUGCACUCGUCUGGCAGCUCAACGACUGCUGGCCAGUCACUUCGUGGUCUAUCGUCGAUUACUUCCAGCGCAAGAAACCGGCCUACUACGCUAUGCGCAGAGUCCUUGCCCCCAUCGCCGUUGCAGUCAAACGGGCGCACUUUGAUUGGAGCGUAGUACAUGCCAGAGUACCCAAGACUAGCGACUACGAAGUCUGGGUGGCGAGUCAGAAACUGGAGGAAGUGACAGCAACCGUUGAAUUGCGAUAUAUUAGCGUUGAGAGCGGCAAGGAGAUUAAAACGAAGAUCGUCAAGAAGGAUAUCAGGCUCGUACCGAACGGAACGACCGACGUCCUCUCAGGUACCAUCGACAACCGGAACGAAGAGCCGCAUGUCCUAGCCGUUCGCAUAUGGGUCGAUGGCGAAAUUGUGUCUCGCGAUGUCGAUUGGCCCCAGCCACUCAAGUAUCUCGAGUUCAGGGACCGCGGCUUGGAAGUCAUACCGAAGGGUGAGACUAUUGUGGUCAAGGCCCAGAAACCGACUAAAGGCCUAGUCUUCGAGGAACGUUCAGGCGUCCUUGUACACGACAGUGCUAUAGAUGUGGUGCCUGGAGAUGAGCAGAUCAUCAAGGUAAGGGGCUUGGGCAAGCAGGAUGAACCGUUGAGGUGGACAUAUUUGGGCAAAGAUUAG